UGUGACUGAGCAUAAACCGGAUUAAACAGAUCUAGGAGGAUUGUUUAAAAAAUUUCUAAUAUACAAGAAAGUGUUCUUGAGAGAUUUGUGUACAGUUUUAAUUGUAGUGUCUCUGAACUUUCAACAUUUUUGUUCAUGUAAAUAACAGUACCGGAUAUUUAAUUAACUACGGUUUCCUAUUUAGAGAGAGAAGUUUGCUCAAGCCAGUUCAAUACAUAUAUGUUGUUACGUUAAUGACAUUCAGCAUUGGCCAUUUCUUUGUAGGCACAUGCGAAGCUUGUUAGCAUUUCUUACGGUAAUGGUGGUGGUUGCAGUUUUGGUCCUCAUAGCCAUUGUGGUAUACCCAAGACAGAACAUGGAAGAUGGUCACCAGUCACUUUUUUUUUUGGUAAGAAGAUGGUCACCAGUCACUUGGCAUUGAAAAGUAAAACUUAUAUGUCGAAUAGACAAUUUUUCGUUUAAGUGGUUUGUUUAUAUAUAUUUGUAUACACUAAUAAGAAUCAAUAUAAAAGAAUAUAUUCUUGUCCUCCUUCCUCUACAUGAUAUUUUAUGCAACGGUUACGUGUAAUAAGUUUUUAUUUAACGUUACACUGUCCUUUUACAAAUAUAGAAAUGGUCUCCUCCUCACCAUUAAGACACCUCUUAUCUUAUCUCUCUCUCUGUAGAUCAGGUCAAAUGUCACGUGACCCUUCUCUUACCCUUUGUCUUCUUACCACAUCUUUAAAAUAGGAUACAAGACCCAAUCAAAUAUCGAAAGAAAGAUCCCAUAAAUGUAUUUGACUACUUUCCUCUUUUGGCAAAACACAUAUACUCCCGUUAUAGAAACCUCAUUCACUCACCAUCAAAAGAAGAAAAAUAAGAUCAAGAUCCGGUUAUUCUGAAUCGUUAUUUCUUGAAUGUUUUCGUUUAGAUCGUUCUCAGAGAAAUGCGACGACGGAAGAAGACGCUUGUAGUGGUGGUGAUACGCAGACUAUUAACAUGUGCCAUAUGUAUAAUAGCAUUACUUGGCUUUCUCACCGUACACAUCUACGUAGCUCCUCUCAACAGACUCCCUAGGCUACAUCUUAGCAAAUACACCACUCGUCAGCGAGGACACAUCAGUUACGAAAACUCCAUUACAGAACCGAGCUCGACUAGGAACCUAUCUCGUCGGGAAACGAUUGAAGAGAAUGAGAUUCAGAAUCAGAGAUUAACAUCUGAACACAUCAACAAUACACAUGAGCUAUCUCAACCUCAUUUCUUGACAAGCCCUUCCUUCGCCAAGUUGAACACUACAAGCGGGACACAAGAUUAUGACAAGCUUUGGAAACAUCCACCUAACCGCAACUUCGUCCCUUGUGUGAAUCCCAAUCCUAAUUACAUAUCUCCACUGGAGUCUAGAGGUUAUCUUCUUGUUCACACGAAUGGCGGUCUUAACCAGAUGCGUGCUGGGAUAUGUGACAUGGUAGCUAUAGCUCGUAUUAUAAAUGCCACACUUGUAGUCCCGGAGCUCGAUAAACGAUCUUUCUGGCAGGAUACUAGUAAAUUCUCGGAUGUAUUUGAUGAAGACCAUUUCAUUAAUGCUUUAUCUAAAGAUAUAAGAGUCAUCAAGAAGCUACCAAAAGGUAUUGAUGGACUUACAAAAGUGGUUAAGCAUUUCAAAAGCUACUCAGGAUUGAGAUAUUACCAAAAUGAGAUAGCUACCAUGUGGGAUGAAUACAAGGUGAUCAGAGCUGCCAAAUCCGAUUCUCGUCUAGUAAACAACGGCCUACCUCCAGAUAUUCAAAAGCUACGUUGCCGUGCUUGUUAUGAGGCUCUACGCUUCUCUACUAAAAUCAGAUCAAUGGGACAAAUUUUAGUCGAUAGGAUGAGAUCUUAUGGUCUAUACAUAGCGUUACAUUUGAGAUACGAGAAAGACAUGCUGGCUUUUAGCGGCUGCAACCACGGUUUAUCUGCUUCUGAAGCUGCUGAGCUAAGGAAGAUAAGGAAGAACACAGCGUAUUGGAAAGUUAAAGACAUUGAUGGAAAAGUACAAAGACUCAAAGGGAAUUGCCCAUUGACUCCAAAAGAAGUUGGAGUUUUACUAAAAGCUUUAGGAUAUGCACCAAACACUCCUAUAUAUAUAGCUGCUGGUGAGAUUUACGGUGGUGAGUCUCGGUUAGCCAGUCUUGGCUCUCGUUUCUCCAUGUUAAUGAGUAAGGAAAAGUUGGCAACAAAAGAAGAGCUUAAGCCUUUUAUGAACCACUCAACUCAAAUGGCUGCACUUGACUACAUUGUUUCCGUCGAAAGCGAUGUUUUUAUUCCAUCCUAUAGUGGAAACAUGGCGAGAGCUGUUGAAGGGCAUCGCCGGUAUCUUGGUCACCGGAAAACAAUAACUCCGGACAGGAAAGCCAUUGUGAGGUUGAUAGACAGAAUUGGUAGAGGAGCUGAGAACGAUAACAGGAAAGUCUAUGAAAGAAUCAUAGAUAUCCACAAAACUCGACAUGGAUCACCGAGGAGGAGGAAAGGACCUGCUUCAGGAACAAAGGGUUUGGAGAGACAUCGUUCUGAGGAGUCUUUCUACGAAAAUCCAUUACCGGACUGUCUCUGUCAGAGAGACCCAAGUAGAGGGAGAUGAUGGUUACAUGAGAUAUGGAUUUAACAGAGGCUUGUUGGAUCUGCUACUGCUUCUUGGCAUUCACACGACAAAGUUAAUUAUAGUUAUAAACGUACAGCAUUUUAUAGUGAAAACCACCACUUCUGAUGGAUGAAUCAGAUGAAAUCACACAGUUGUGGUGAACGAAUGAUAUACCAUUUUCUUAUAUUUUGAACUAUCAUUCACCAUCCAUAAAAUGUCUAUAGUUUAUCCAUGGAAAAUAACAUUAUCUUCAA